AUGAUACUAAGAUACAAGAAGCUUUUGUUACGUGAUUCAUUCUGUCACUACCCAAUCCGUAGCACAAUCCAGACCCCUGAUAUCAGGCCGACCACUGGAACCAGCCUGAACCCUGGAACUAGCCUGAACCCUGGAACUAGCCUGAACCCUGGAACUAGCCUGAACCCUGGAACUAGCCUGAACCCUGGAACUAGCCUGAACCCUGGAACUAGCCUGAACCCUGGAACUAACCUGAACCCUGGAACUAGCUUGAACCCUGGAACUAGCCUGAACCCUGGAACUAGCCUGAACCCUGGAACCAGCCUGAACCCUGGAACUAGUCUGAACCUAGUAACCACCACAACCCUUGCACCAACCCCGACCCCUCGCACCAGCCUCGAUCACCGACGCCAGGAACUGAUCAAAGCUGGACUGUCGGGAAAUCAUAUCGGUGGGUAA